AGCGAGGCAUCCCCGUCUAACCUUCGUCACUCUCCUCCUCUCCGCAGUCACUAUCUGCUCGUUCAAUUUCUUCUUUAAAUCUCUCCCAUAAUGUUCUCCCGUGCCGUCCGCCCGGCCCUGCGGGCUGGUGGUGCCGCCGUCGCUCGCCCUGCCCCCGCCAAUGCCGCCACCUUCGCGACUUUGCGUGAGAUUGAGGGUCGUCUCAAGUCCAUCAAGAACAUUGAGAAGAUCACCAACACCAUGAAGAUUGUUGCGUCCACUCGUCUUACCCGUGCUCAGAAGGCCAUGGACGAAUCCCGCGUCUAUGGUAAGACCUCCAACACCGUUUUCGAGCAGGCCGAGACCAAGCCUCUGGAGGACAAGAAGGUUCUUCUGGUUGUUGCCAGCUCCGACAAGGGUCUUUGCGGUGGUAUCCACUCUGGUCUGAGCAAGGCCACCCGCCGUCUUUUGGCCGAGAACCCCAACGCCGACGUUGCCAUUCUCGGUGAGAAGGCCAAGGCUUCGCUCUCCCGUGCCCACCCCGAGAACAUCGUUCUGAGCUUCGCCAACGUCUGCAAGGACAUCCCCACCUUCGCCGAUGCCCAGGCUAUUGCCGACCAGAUCGCUCUCCUGCCCGAGGAUUACGCCAGCGUUCGCAUCAUCUACAACUCUUUCAUCAACGCUCAGAGCUACGAGCCUGUCACCAUUGAGGCCUACUCCGAGGAGGCCAUCACCCAGUCCGCCAACAUCUCCUCUUACGAGGUUGAUGAUGAGGUUCUGACCAGCCUCCGCGAGUACGCUCUUGCCAACAACCUCUUCUGGGCCAUGGCCGAGGGUCACGCCUGUGAGAUCUCCGCUCGUCGCAACGCCAUGGAGAACGCCUCCAAGAACGCUGGUGAGAUGAUCAACAAGUUCCAGAUCUUGUACAACCGUCAGCGCCAGGCCACCAUUACCGGCGAGCUGGUUGAGAUUAUCACCGGUGCCACCGCCAGUGCGGAUAUGUAGAAGCUUUCUUCUGCAGGACCAAGUCGGCUUUAGUGUAGACUUGUUCAUAUUUAGAUCGACCUUCAGCUUGUGUAAAAUCAGAGUCAAUCCAUUUCCAUUUCAUAUGUACAGAUA